UGACGUGAAUUAAAGAAGGCGAAGAAUGAGGCAACAAUAAGAAACAACAAAAAACAUUACGAAAGGCGCAAGCCACGGCCCAGCGAACAGCGACGCUGGGCACAUGGGCGGCGAGCGAGAAGCCGGCGGCUAGCAGUUGUUGCGAGGAGAGCAUCUAAGGAGAGUUGCCGUCGGCGCGGGCGGACUCGUGAAAGCGCAAGGCACGUCAGCCGCAGGUGUGCGCGCCUCCAGCGACAAGCAGACCCCGGCCCCUGAGCCGCCGCGCGCGCGCGCUCGCGCCCCACGACGCUGUGCUGCUGCCUUCGUUGCCCAUCGAGGCGCGUCUCCCCAUGCGCGCAGUUAGGCCUAGCUAGAAGAACGCCGCCGCACGAGACCACGACGACACACGGCCGGAUUACGAGAGGCGAGCACAGCGGCGCACCACGUCGUCCCCCAUGUCCGUGGCCAACACCGAGAGCUCGAUGACUCUGAGCCAGAGCAUGGAUUCCGUCAACACGGUCGCCGAAGAAGAGGUGCGAACUCUCUUCGUGAGUGGCCUUCCCAUGGAUGCAAAGCCCAGGGAACUCUAUCUACUAUUCCGUGCCUAUAAGGGAUACGAGGGAUCUCUUCUGAAAGUAACACAAAAGAAUGGAAAGACAUCUUCGCCAGUAGGUUUCGUAACGUUUUCUUCAAGAGCUGGAGCAGAAGCUGCCAAGCAGGAGCUUCAGCAGGGCGUGCGGUUCGACCCCGACCUUCCACAGACCAUCCGGCUCGAGUUCGCCAAGAGCAACACAAAGGUUAGCAAACCGAAACAGCAGUCUCCUCCCGCCGCGGCCACGCACCCGACACUCCUGCACCCUAUCACGGGACAAGAAAUCAGCGCUGCCCUGCUGCCGGGGACCCACGACGGCUGGCCGCACCACCCUCUCUCCUACGCCGAAGUGCCCGUCACCACUACCCUGCACACUGCGGCUCUCAUGCAUCCAGCCCUCCAUGCGCAGCUGCCCCCUCCGCUGACGGUGCCGCACCCCCUGUCACACGCGGCGCUGGCUGGUAGCGCGGCCGCGAUUCACGCGACCAUGCCGCCCCCGCACUUGGUUGCCAGCCCGGCGCUUGCGUCACCCGUCGGCUCCACCUCGUCUUCGGCUGCCGCAGCAGCGGGAACGCCACCCUGCUCCACGCUGUUCGUGGCAAACUUGGGACAGUUCGUCUCCGAACAGGAGCUCAAGGACCUCUUCGGAAGUUUCCCGGGUUUUUGCCGCUUGCGUAUGCACAAUAAAGGUGGCGCUCCCGUAGCUUUUGUCGAAUAUCAAGACGUCCGCCUUGCAACACAUGCUAUGAAUGCCUUGCAGGGCUGUGUACUGUUCUCCUCAGAUCGAGGUGGAGUCCGCAUUGAAUUCGCCAAAAACAAGAUGGGAGAGGUAUCCCGUGAAUGAUGAUCUGGAACAGUCGAGAAAACGCUUCAAGUUUCCUUAGGAUGAAUCUCGGUGUGUGCUCGAGGGGUGUACACAGCAUGCUGCAAUGCAAGCAACCAAAGGCUUGGAUGAUAUUUUCAGUACACUGCAUUAAUUGCGUUUCCCGCGGGAGACGCACAAAUAGUUUGUGAUGAAAAAAAAGAGUUAUUUAGGCAAGCGAUGAGUGUUUAGUGAAUGUCAUUGUUUUUUUUCCUAUCAUUUUUCUUUGUAUAACGCGACUAUCUAAUUGUCUUGCUAACCUUAAUGUGCUUCGGCGAAUCGCCACAUCGCUGCUUCUAUCCGUGUGAGACGAUGAUACUGUGUCGGUGUGAUAGAUGAGUCUAUUAUAGAUUAGUCUUUGUGCGCAGAGCGCUAGGUUGGCUGCCAUCAGAGAGCCCUGCUAUACUCUGAAAUAUUGUUUUUCAGAAUGUACGAGUGCGCAAUUUGUGUUUCUUUAUAGCGUUUCUUUUUUGUUGUUUUAAGAGAAGUCUGCAAGCUGUCUUUUAUGAUACAGUGCGUCCCGAAAUUUCGUGCUUACCUUUGUCGUGGUUGUGCCAUGCGUUGAAUCAUCCUUUGCUCGAAAAAAAAAAAGCUGCGGAGAACAGAUAUUUGUGAACUCUGCAGGAUACUCCUAAGUACGGAUAGCUAACGGAGCUAUCGCGAGUACAUGUUGACACCAAAGAGACAGCUUUCUGAACCGAAAUAAACAGAAAACAAGGAAAAUUGGGUUCACAAUGUUGUACUAGUCACAGUGUACAAAGAAAAAACUGUAACCACUAUUUAUAGCGAGGCGAUUUUUAUCCUGUGUGUCAUUAGGGUAUAUCCUAAAUUUACAGCCUAAUUUAUAUAAAUAGUAGUGUGAGUUUUUAUUGUGCUAGCGCCCGAACUCGGAUGCGGACUGUGUUUAAAAAUACUACUGUGGACAAGGAAAACGUAACUAUAGGUUUCAGUAACAUACCUUGCUUCAGAGAUGUAUUUAUGUGAGGCAGACACAUUCCCAGUGACCUCUGAAUCCAACUGACCUUGUGUAUUUUUUAAAACUCAUUACUAAUGCCUUUUCUCUAUCAAUAAUCAUUUGAUUUUCAUUACUUUUGGAUCGUGCCGAUAAGUUUUGUUUUGUUAUGUAAUUUACAAGUGCUAUUUUUUUUCAUUCAUAACCAAUGAAUAUGCUACCAGUAGUUCUGACCAUUUCUUUGCAUGAUUAUUCUGUACUGUAUUUUUUGUUACUAAAGCUAUUUAAUUACAUAAC